CAGUGAUACAAUAUGAAACCCUAGAUUUCACUCUCCUAUUCCCCCUCUAUGUUCUUCCCCUCCAUUGCUUCCGACCCAUUAUUUGAUGCAUGCUUUCAUCAUAAAAGUUUCUGUUAAGUUCGUGGUAGGCUGGGAAAGGCCGAACCUCCAAUCAUAAUGGAAAUUUCGCCACAAAAAUUCGAUAUUUUAGCUCCUAUGCUCAGAGAUUCCUCUGCAAAUCCCACAUCAGUGAAGCUGCAUGCUGUUCUUACAAACCCAAUGCAUUUCUCUGCAAAAAAGUUGAGACUGGUCCUUUCUGUUCAAAGCUUCCCCGGAAAUCGGCCACUAAUGGAGCUCCGAGUUGUUCUUACGAAACCUAAUGCAUUUCUCCACAAAAGAGCGAGAUUGGUCCCCUCUGUUUGGAGAUUCCUCUGCAAAUCCGCCAUUAAUGGAGCUCAGCUUCUUUGCAAUGCAGUCCUUGCCAAUGUUUCAGUGCUUCCUCUCAAAGUCUGUCAUUAAGGGAGAUCGGAGUAGCUCCCGAGAAAAUGAGCUCCGCAAUAAAAGGCUUCUUUUAAUGAAGCUCAGGGCUGUACCUUACCGAGAGCUCCUUCUGCAAAUUCCACCAUUAAUGGAGAUUCAGAGUUGUUUUUGCAGAGGAAAAGGAGAGAGAGAUUGCUGUCUGAUGUCAAUUGGUGAAAAAGAUCGGACUGAGUUACAAAAGAGCCACUUGGACGUUUUGGGAAUAUGUUGCAUUUCAGAAGCAGCUCUCAUUGAGCGAAUUCUCAUGUCUCCCAAGGGAGUUCACAAUGUUUCAGUUCACGUGCCUUCCAAGAGCGUCAUUGUCACACAUGACCCAGCUAUGAUAUCUGAAGCUCAAAUAGUUGCGAUACUAAACUCUGCAAAACUAGAAGCGAGUGUUCGAGAGCUCGGGACGGUGAAAAAUAGAAGAACUUGGCCCAGCCCAUUUACUGUAGUUUCUGGGGUUCUUCUCCUCUUGUCCCUCACAAAAUUUUGGUUUAAACCCAUGCAUUGGUUGGCUCUUGGGGCUGUUGUUACUGGACUUCCUCAAGUUGUUGUGCGAAGCUUCGCAACCAUACAACAAAAGAUUUUGGAUAUUAACAGUCUCAUGUUAAUUGCAGUGGCAGGAACAAUUGCUUUAAAAGAUUACGAGGAAGCGGGAUGCAUUGUAUUUUUGUUUGCAUUAGCAGAAUGGCUGGAAUCCAUGACUAGUCAGAAGGCUCAAAUAACAAUGUCAGCUCUGAUGAAUAUGGCACCUCAGAAGGCUAUGUUGGCCGAAACGGGUGAAAUUGUUGAUACAAGAGAAGUGCCACUCAACACUAUUCUUGCAGUGAAAGCCGGGGAGAUGGUUCCAAUAGAUGGAAUCGUGGUCGAGGGAAGAAGUGAGGUUGACGAGAAGAGCCUUACUGGAGAGCCCUUACCAGUUACAAAAGAGCCUCAAUCUGCGGUUUGGGCGGGUACUCUGAACUUAAAUGGUUAUAUGACCAUAAAAACGGUGGCCCUUGCUGAGGAUUCAACGGUGGCGAGGAUGGUAAGACUUGUAGAGGCGGCUCAACACAGCACCUCCAGAACGCAGCGGAUUGUGGAGGUGUUUGCACGAUAUUAUACUCCAAGUGUACUGAUAAUUGCUGCAGGGAUGGCAAUAAUCCCAACCAUAAUGAGAAAGGAGAAUUGGCACAGCCAUUUAUAUAUGUCUUUAGUUGUGCUUAUAUGUGCGUGUCCUUGUGCACUUGUCCUCUCAACCCCGAUUGCCACUGCUUGUGCCUUGUCGAGGACAGCGUCCGAAGGGGUACUAGUGAAGGGCGGAGACUUUCUUGAGACCCUCGCCAGAGUCCGAAUUGUAGCUUUCGAUAAGACAGGAACUAUAACGAGCGGGAAAUUUUCAGUGGCGGAAAUGGUGUGCCUCAUUGAAGAAGACGACAUCAGUUUAGACAUGUUGCUCUACUGGGUUAGCAGUGUGGAGAGCAAGUCCAACCAUCCGAUGGCCGCUGCCUUUGUCGAUUAUGGUAGAUCGAGGCAAGUCGAACCAGCUCCGGAAAAGGUAGAGGACUUCCAAAACUUCCCAGGUGAGGGCGUUUAUGGCAUUGUUGAUGGGGCUGCUAUCUACAUCGGAAACAAGAAGAUGGCAUUAAGGGCUGGGUGCAACUCUGUUCCAAAUAUAAACGAACAAGAGCAGGGUGCUACACUGGCGUAUGUCUUUUUGGGAAGAAAGGUAGUUGGGAUGUUUAGCCUCUAUGAUGAAGUCCGACACAGUGCGCUUGGGGUCAUUAGGGAGUUAAAGAAAUUGGGAAUCAAAAUCGUCCUGCUAACAGGAGAUGGCCAUGCAGCGGCUACUCGUGUAAAUGACCAGCUAGAGAAGGAGAUAGAUGUGAUCCACUCUGAGCUGCUCCCAGAUGAGAAGGCACAAAAGAUAGUAGACAUGAAGAAGUCACAUGGCCUCACUGCAAUGGUUGGGGAUGGGAUCAACGAUGCACCCGCUCUCGCUGCAGCUGAUGUGGGUGUUGCCAUGGGCGCCUCCGGCUCUGCGAUUGCUUCUGAAGCCUCACAUGUGACCUUGAUGUCUGACGACCUCCGCCAGUUCCAUGAGACCAUUCUUACCGGCCGUAGGACCCGCUGGAAGAUUGCUGAGAAUAUUAGCCUCUCUGUUGUCCCAAAGGUCACAAUCGUAGUCUUGGCUCUUUGUGGCCACCCAUAUAUGUGGGCUGCCGUUUUGGUAGAUAUGGGCGCAUGCCUUCUUGUCAUAAUGAAUAGCAUGCUGCUUCUUGGCAUAUGGAAUGGCAAAGGAAAGAGCCCCGUAUGUUACAGGGUUGCAGGAGGUCUCACAGACCAAUAUCCAUGCCUCCCAGCUGACCCCUUGUACAAAUUCUUGAAGGUUACAGGUGAGGACACAUCUGAGAGCACCGUGGACAUUCACGAGCCUCUCUUGCGUGCUGAGGUGAAACCCACUUGUGCAUGUUGCCAGAAAAAAGCUGAAGAGGUCAGGAUUCCGAUGGUCGAUGAUGUUUACUAAAUCGAAAAUAGGUUGCUAGAUAGAUAGUUUGUGUUCAUUUUUUUUUUUUAAUUUGUGAUUCCACCAAUUUCAGACGCGUGUGUGCAGCAGGGUCUGGCCGACUAUCCCCCAAACCAUCUUGUAUAAAAUGUUUCUCAUCACUAGAAUGAUUUACCAUCUAUUUCCCUUAGGGUGAGGUUUGUAUAGUAUUGAAGCAAGGUGUACCUCAAAACUAUGCAAAAAAUGCAGUUUCCGUGCCACAAAGCCUUGCAAUAAUGAAAUUUAAAGUUCCAUGAAUGUGACGAUCCAGCAGAUCUUUAGACA